AAGCAUUUUGACUGAUCUGAAACAUAAAACUUCUUCCUUCCUUCGGUAUUCAUAAUGGGUGUGUUUGAAAGUCGGUGUCUUGAAUCUUGAUUGAUCAUAAUCGGAAUAGAAGAGAGAUGGGUUGGCAAGGGUGUCAGGAAGUGGCGAAUACGAGGCCUCUCUUCUUGGCCAUCUACGCCACUGUUAUCGUUGGUGUAGUCUUCUCGUCUUUCUAUGUCUUCUCCGCAAUAUACUCUGCCAACUCUGAAGCUGACCCAAGCACCUCCUGGCUCUCCUCCCGUUCCCCUUCUUUUUCCAAUGGGGAUUUUCCUCCUAGAGAACAAGCACCUAAUUUUUCUCGACCAACAACUAUGGGUACAGACCGUAGAGUACCUGUGUCUACACCAGGGCCUCAAACGAUGUGGGUACCACCUGUUUGGGCAGUUCCUCCACGAACUGAGAAAAUGCCUCCUUUGAGUACUUUUCGGCUGUCCAAAGAACUGGUUCAGCAGAGGGUCAAAGAUAAUGUCAUCAUAGUGACCUUCGGUAACUAUGCAUUCAUGGAUUUUAUCUUGACUUGGGUUAAGCACUUGACAGAUUUGGGGCUCUCUAACUUUCUCGUCGGUGCAAUGGAUACCAAAUUGUUGGAGGCUUUGUAUUGGAAAGGCGUUCCUGUUUUUGACAUGGGCAGCCAUAUGAGCACAAUAGAUGUUGGCUGGGGCUCUCCAACAUUUCAUAAGAUGGGGAGAGAAAAAGUUAUUCUGAUAGAUUCCGUCCUCCCUUUUGGUUAUGAGCUGUUGAUGUGUGAUACAGACAUGGUGUGGUUGAAGAACCCACUUCCAUAUCUUGCCCGAUUUCCUGGAGCGGAUGUCUUAACUUCUAGUGAUCAAGUUAUUCCAACAGUUGUCGAUGACAGGCUAGACAUUUGGCAGCAAGUUAGUGGAGCCUACAAUAUAGGAAUAUUCCACUGGCGUCCAACAGAUUCUGCAAAAAAACUGGCGAAGGAAUGGAAAGAUAUGCUAUUAGCCGAUGAAAAAAUAUGGGAUCAAAAUGGUUUUAACGAUAUUGUACGCAGGCAGUUAGGACCAUCUGUGGAUGAGGAAAGUGGACUUGCAUAUGCGUUUGAUGGAAAUCUGAAGCUGGGAAUCUUGCCAGCAAGUAUAUUUUGCAGUGGACAUACUUAUUUUGUCCAGGCCAUGUAUCAGCAACUCAGACUGGAGCCAUAUGCAGUGCAUACCACAUUUCAGUAUGCAGGUACUGAAGGAAAGCGUCACCGGCUGCGGGAAGCCAUGGUUUUCUAUGAUCCACCAGAAUACUAUAAUUCCCCAGGAGGUUUCUUGUCGUUUAGGCCAUCCAUUCCAAAGAGCCUGUUACUAGAUGGGGAACAUAAUAUCGAAUCACACUUUUCUCUAGUUAAUUACCAAAUGAAACAAAUAAGGACAGCACUUGCCAUUGCUUCAUUGUUGAAUCGUACACUGGUCAUGCCUCCACUAUGGUGCAGGUUGGAUAGACUGUGGUUUGCACACCCUGGAAUAUUGCAGGGUUCUAUGACCAGACAACCUUUUGUCUGCCCUCUAGACCAUGUAUUUGAGGUAAAUGUCAUGUUGAAAGAAAUGCCGGAUGAGGAAUUUGGUCCUGGGAUCGAUAUUAGGGAGUACACUUUCCUUGACAAUCCAUCAAUGCCGAAACAGGUGAAAGAGUCAUGGCUUGAUGUUCAGCUUUGUCAAGAAGGAACCCGAGAUUGUCGUGCAUCUAAUGAUACCAGCUCGCCAGGCAUAAUCAGAUUUCCAAAGCACAGCAAUGAAGAAACGUUCAAGGCAAUAUUCUCCUCAUUCAAAGAUGUGAAAGUCAUUCAGUUCUCUUCAAUGCAAGAUGCAUUCCUAGGCUUCAGUGACAAGACAAGGGAACAGAGAUUCAGGAAUCGUGUGAAACGGUAUGUCGGUAUAUGGUGUUGUGUGGAUCAUCACACUCCGGGACACAUUUAUUAUGAUAUGUACUGGGAUGAGAAACCCGGUUGGAAACCAAUACCACCUAAAACUCCAGAAGAUGAUCACCCACCUUUGUGAGGCUCAACCUCAUGCUUAUGUUGGUGAGAUACUGCAAGAGCAAGGGAGACAGAAAGAGCAUCCAGAGCUAGUUUAGUUCCCUAACAAAUGGUUGAAACCGAAGCGGCUAUUCACAUUUUCAUAAGGCAAAAGAGGUUGUAUCCAAAUCAAAAAUCUCAUUUUAAUACAUAGAAAUGAGUUGGAAUGUACAUUCUGUUACAAUAGAAAAUUUAUCAUUUGUAAGAAGUUUUCAUCAGUGAAAAAAGAAACGGAAGCUAAUAAUGAUUCCAGGGGGGGAGUAAUAUUUCAAAUGCUUGUUCUCAUUAAUGUUAUGAACUAAUUGGUUUUGAUUAAUUACUAUCAUGCUGGACAUGUUUUUCUCCUGUU